AUGUCAACUGAUGAUCAAGAUGACCUCGAUCUCCUUCUCUCGCUUCAAGAUCGUGUUCUUGAAACCCCUCCUUCUCCGUCUUCUUCCCACCCCAGAUCCCAUGGGUAUCAAUCAGACGAUGAAGUGCGACGUCGAAGUGGAAAUCUGUCUGCCUUCAAGACUGCUGUUGAGGAUUGUAUGGAUUAUGAUGUUGAAACAGCUACGAAGGCUCUCAAAUCAAAGAAGCCAACUGAUCUUGAUGUUGAAAAAUUUUCUGGUCUUCGAAUCCGGGGACAGUGGGACACUCUAUCUGGUAGUUGGGCAACUGUUGGCGUUUUAACCGAAAAGACAAGCUCUACUGGGAAGAGCUAUAGCAUGUGGAAGAUUGGGUGUUUGGAUGGGCAGUUCACAACUGUUUUCUUGUUUGGUGAUGCUUACAAGCAGCACGGCGAAGACACAGCUUUAUCAGUUUUUGCCUUCUUCAACGCUGGUGCUCGCAAAGAUUCUUCUGUAUGA